CUCCCUCACCUUCUCUCUCCCUAACUAACAGUCACUUUUUCACAUUCAUGUGUAUUUUUAUCGAUUACACGCUAUUCAACUAGUCCAAUAAUUCCUUUUAUGACUAUGGCAUAUAACUGCUAAAAAGCCAUUUUAACAUGAGAAUGUCUUUAAAUGAUUCAGAACAUUCACAGCUGUAUUUUUGAAAAGUAAAACAUUUCAACGAUCUGAACUGAAACUCUGAUCCUCUCAUCAGACUCCUUUACUUUCUCAGUUGAGCCACUGGUUCAACUUACCCCAGAACUACUAUGUUAUGACUUUAUCAGUCCUCUAAGCUAAAAUGGUGGACUUUUAUUCGAGGUUUUUGACCUCAUGUUGUAGCUCAUAUAUACCACAAUUGAUGUAAAAAACAAAUUUAAAAUGAUCUUUUUUGGUCUGAACACAAUUCUCAUAAAACUGAUGACAGACUAAAUUCACUUUUAAGAGUGAAAAAUGUUUUUUGGAAAUAAAUGUCUAACCCCUUCACCCAUGUGCUUCUAACCUUUACAGACUCCAUGAAUUUUAACACCUGUGCAGGUGAGUUGUUACGGCAGAGAGUUGGUUUUCUUCACAGAAACAGAGCAUGUUUUCCACUGUCAUGUUGUAAAAAAAAUUGUGGAGGCCAUGUUCUUCUCUGUCCUGGACUACGGCGAUAUUAUACAGACAUGCUGGAGUUUCAACUCUUAAGCCUCUGGACUCAGUUUACCACUCUGCUCUCCGAUUCAUAACUGGUGAUUGGUACAACACUCAUCAUUGCAUCCUCUAUGAGAAAGUUGGUUGGCCAUCACUUGAUCACAGAAGGAAUAAACAAACACUGGUUUCUGUAUAUUUUCAAAGCCCUUACAAACCUGUUAAAGUUUUAUGAUUGCUCCUACAUGACUCGUUCUUCUGGUUCACUAACUCUGAAAGUUCCUCGAGUCUACACUGAACUCGAUAAAUUGGCAUUUUCAUUCGAUGCCCCUCACUCAUGGAAUUUCCUCCAACAAUCUCUAAAGAUGACAGCUUUCCCCUUUCUUACAGAGACUUUAAUUACUGACCAUUGCUCCUCUGUUUGUAACUGUUUUCAUUAAUUCCUUUGCUGUUGUGAUUGAUUGAUUGAUUGAUUGAUUGUUUGAUUCUGUGGUCAUAUGAGGUCUGUGAUCUCAAUGACAUUGAAAAUGAGGGAAACCUCAAUAUCCUUUCGAGAAUGAAGGUUUGAGUGAAUGAAUGAAUUGAUGCCCACCUCCUAAAUAUUUGGUCACAUGAUCAAUUUCUUUUACCAUUUCCAAGCAACAUGGGGUGGCUCAACUAACCCUUUGGUUCAACUUUCCCCACUCUCCCCACUCAUAACUUUUAACUAUUAAAGAACUUAUCACCUUGUGCUAAAGCUGUUGAAUUAGGUUGUAUCAAAUUGCACAGGUGAGCAUAAUGUCAUGGCUGUUCCAGUCUACAGCAACUUAGGUCUUCAAAAGUGAGUUGUACAGGUCUAAAAGGUGUGACUGCAUCUAUUCAACUUUCAACUUAGUGAUCAUUUUCAUCGUCUGAUCCAGGUUUAAAGGCUCAGUUUUCAUUUUAACACCUGUGCAGGUGACUUUACCUUUCCUGAAGGAGUGCAGAUUAUUGGUGAACACACCGCAGUCGCCGCAUAUGAUGCUCUUUGUCCCAGAAGCCCAUUGUAGAGAGCGGAGGAAACCCUGUGCCGUGAGCAGCCAUCUUGGAUAGACAGAUCAUACUUGAGCCAGGAUAACCUGCAUUCCUCCUCUGAACAGCUCUACAACACAAAGCUCUAAAGGUUUAUAUCUGGUAAGGAAAGCAGAACAGAGACUACACUCAUGGAUAAUGUCUGAUAUUAGCAGAAACACUGAUGGUUGUGCUGAGAAACAGCUGUAACAGUUAAGUUAGCUAGCCUGGCUGAGCCGGGAGGCAGCUAACCGCUUUAGCUAUAGGUGGCUAACACUAGGUCGUUGUUUAUCAUUAGCGUUCAGGAGUAGAAGAAAUAGCACUCUAAACGAGGAUAGCGAACAACCUUAUGCGACGAACGACUAACCCAGAGAUGACUUAACAGGGCUUGACAAGCUAAGUAAGAUCCAUAUCUACCAUAAUCCAGCCUUUGCAGCUAGCUGGCAAACCAGCAGGCUAACGCUAGCUUCCGUUAGAAAGGUGUACGGUGGCUUUUUAAGAUAAUGCGGGAGCAUCUUUGUUUUUUCCGCCCUAGUUCUAGUUAUAUGUCUUCACUGUGUAUGUUUGCACUAGUAACAGUUAAAACCUACAUGUUGGGAUUGAUAGGUUUUGUUGUCAAGACACAACCAGUGAUGUCAGCAAGCUGUUAGCUGGUUAGCUAACGCAAGUCUAGCUGUCAAAACAGGUACCUAAAGGCCGGGUUUGUCAAUAAGCCCGAUCAUGGAGCGAUUGCCCAACGCCAGGUGUUAUCAGGCGGCGCAUUUAUUGUUGGUUUCUUGUGCGGUAGUGAUACAGUGAUGCACACAAGCUCAAUCAUUUCUUAGCCAACAGUGUGUUAGCUUUUUUCCCGUCCCUGCUGCUCUAAACAAAAGAUCUGUGCAGUUGGAAUUGCAGCUUACACCCAAAACAGAGCCUAUAUAUAUGAAAGAUUUGCAAAGAUAUCCCUGUAUUCAACCCCCAAAUGCUGCAUCGUCCCUGUGUUGUAUGCCAAAGUACUACUAGCAGACUUGAUCUAAAACUUGAUCAUUUGCAUGUUUAUAUUUGCUUUAGUGUGUGAAAUCAGAUAAACAACAUUAACACAUCUAAACAGGAUGUAUACACAGCCAGUUUAUAGCAAGUGUCUCGACUGUAAACAGUAGUGAUGAUCUCAUGGUGUUGCUUUUAGGGCUGGUAAGGAGUCACAUGAUUUGAUAAGUGAGGUACCAUGACUGUGUAUGUGUGUGUCAUGGUUUCCUGACAGCACAGUGAUUUUUUUAGUUUCCGAAAGUGGUGCAUCCUCUGCUGUAUGGGAAGUGACUCUGAAGAAGAGGAAAAGGCAGUGACAGUGUUUCUUUCUGCGAAGAAAGAUUCUGCGUGUUGAGGAGUAACAGAGAAGUGCUGAGGCUGCAGUCUGGUCACAUGGUCUUGUCUCGCCUUCUCCUUGAUGAAAACCCAUGGGGUUUAUUUCUACGUAAUGAGUUGAAAAACUUGAGAGUGGGCUGGUUUUCACAACCCCUACCCUCACUUAUCCUUUCCCUUACUGAAAACUACAUAAGGGUCAUGUGACAGUAAAGGGCUUUGAAAAAGUCCAUUGUAUUCGCCAAGAAUAUAAAGAUUUGCAAUAGGAUGUAAUCAGUAAGAAGUUCCAUCUUUCAUGCUCUUAAAUUGAAAAUUCAAACGGUUGAGGCCAUAGACUUUAUAUAGAGUGGACAGCAUCUGCCUCCUUUCGAGGUGAAGCCGACCCAAGAACAGCACCCUCUGGUGACGGGCUGCAGUAUAGGUCAUAAAUCCCGCCUCUGCCAGCCAUCCUUAUGGAGUUGUGGACAAAUUUUAGAAAUUUAUUACACCGAACAUACCCCCCCCCCCCCCCCCCCCGCUUGUGAUAUUGACAUAAAGUUAUUGUAAGACUAGUUUGUGCUCAAGUUUUCUUUUUUCUGUGAAGCUCCGUUCAUAAAAGUUAUUAGGGGGUUCAUGUUUUCUUUGAUUGACACCUGAUACAGCCUAUUGGCGUUCAGGGAUUGCGUAGCUCACCCAGGGGAUACACUGUUUGAGCUGAGCGUCAUCACAGCAACUCUCUGCGACUCUCCCGUCGAAUGCGCACAACGCUACUGCGUAGCGCUGGUUCCAGGAAAUGAAGAAAAAUCCCAGAAAUACCGAGAGCUUUUUUGGCUUCAAAUCCAUAUACAGGCGGGAGGCGGAACCAAGUUGUCCAUACAGUCUAUGGCUUGGACUAGCAAACAUCUUUUUUUUUUUUUUUGUUCAAACAAAGCAUGUGGUACUGACCAGACAGCAUAAGAUGAUGAUCGCACAGAUAGUUCCUGCAUCGGUAAGGUAGCCAGAGUUAUUCUCAAAUGUCAGGUCAGGUUGCGGAGACUGUGGGGGACUGAGCCAAGUCUUUUCUGGGGCUACCAACAAAAACAGUCACUGCCUGUCAACAUCUCUGUGAGUUGUUUACAUUUUUUCAAGGGAUAAUCAUCCAUCAGUUUUUCUGUCUAUCAAGAAAUCAUUCUCUUACCCAGAGCCACUGAAAUAGUUCUGAGUUAUCAUGGUUACUCAGUUUUAUUGUCUGUUUUUUGUUUCUGUAUUCAGGCUGACAUCAGGUUUUUAAAUUCUCCCCUGAAAGGCUUGUUGGAGGAGUCAGUUUAUGUGUCAGCAUGUGUCAUCAUGAUGGUACCCGUGGCCCACCAUUACCAAUGUUCCAAUGAUGCCUUGACCUAAAUUAACCUAAACCAAGUAGCCUUGCAUGCCCUCUGGAUUCCUUUUCUAACAAUUCAGUGUCUCCAGUCCUCCUCAACCGCCCACUCCAUUUUCUUCUGCUUCUGAAAAACUCAGCUUCUUUAUCUUUUUUUACCCAUAUCUGUUUUUAAAAUCAGUCUCCAUGCUUCCUUCUUAGAUUCUCAUAUCACAUAUCCACAUUUUUUUGUGGUUGUGUCAGCAUUAAUCUGGCUAGUCGUCAAACAUGGUCACUGAACUGCAGAUGUAUAAGCAUAAUACCAGCAGUGGGCUCUGAUGUGUCACUGUGAUUUCACUUUCAGAAACUGCUUUAAGUGCAGCCCUGUUUUCAGUGAGCCAUAGAUCAGAGAAAAACACUGGUGUAAGGCUGAACAUCUCUGCCAUGGACAUAUCAGGCUGCUGAAUGAUUUUGCUCUUAGUAGUUAAGCCUGAAUUAUUUACUCUUACACUGUAGCAGCACCUCAACGCUGAGUUAUGAGGCUGCUCUCUUAAAGAUAUCCUUGAAGUUAGCAGAUGGUACUGAAACAUAGAUUUAACCGUGAAGUAGUUCAUUAGAAGACACACAUCUUUCUUCAUGUUGUACAUGACCUGAUCAUUUAUUUAUGCACAAAUGGGCAGUUCAAGAAGAGAAUCUCCUCUUGGCUUUUCAGCCUGUGGAUUUAUAGCAUAUGGAGAGAUGGGUUUUUUAUUUUGUAGCAGAGGGGAUAUCAUGUGCUCAAUCUAAAGGCUUUUCCCAGCCUGCCUCUUCUAUGGGUUGUGAGUGGAGUGUUAACAAUGAUGCAUCACUUGGUAUCAGUUAGGUGUCAGGGUUAUUUUUAGCCGAGCUCCGAGGCCAUGAUGCUGGUAGUUUUCCUGUGUAAAUGUAAAGUGCCACAGCGUUUACCCCCUGACAGUCUGUGUCCACUCACUGCUGUCAAAUUUAACCCGAGUCGUUGCACUGCUCUGUCAUUAUGAGAAGACAGCACCAUCUUCACCUCUACUGGUUUAAAUGAUCCCUCAUUUGUCUGAAUGCUCACUUUAGAUCAUGGCUACUACAAUUACCUCUGUAAGUUUGUGUGAGCCUUUCCAAAUGCAGCCAAAUGCGAUAAUACAUUGAUCAAAUGCAUCUCACACUGUAGGUGGACCUCAGUUGUUUUUGUUUUUAUCAUUUAGACAUAAAGUCUCAGUAUGUAAUAGGGCCUGACCGAUUUUCGCCGAUAUUUUCAGAAAUAUAAUGCGAAGAAUAAGAUUUGGUUUCACUUCGAAAAUGUUCUGCCAUUUGAAAAGAUCCCCCAACUUAUCCUGUAGAUGGCGCAGCGACCUCAUGACAAUCUUCAUCCACUAACUACCUCACAGCACAGCAGAGUGACGGAUCUGAAGCAGACAGCUCAGGGAUGCACAGAGGAGAGUGGUCCACCUCAACAGUAAAUAAACCAGUUUGUGAAAUACACAAUAAGUCAACAAGUUUCAGUUCAACCCACUUUACGAUGUUCCCCACUGUGCUGGGGUGUAGUUGAAAACACUUUUUUGGUCCUAGUUUGAUCAGUCCGUCUUCCUGUCGGCGUGAAGAGCAGUAGCCUACAGUAUAUAUCUACAGUAUAUAGUAUACUGUAGAUAUCUACAGUGUAUAUAUAUAUUUUAUAGCUUCAUAAAAAUUUUACAAAACGGCCGCUUAAUCGGUAAUUGGAUUUUUCACCCCCCUAAUAAUCUGUAUCAGCAUCAGCCCCAAAAAAUCCAUAUCAGUCGGGCCCUAGUGUGGUCAAAUGUCAUGUCAUUAAGAUAAACAGUUGUUAUCAUAGAUAAUGUUGCAUUAUUGCAGGUGUUUCUCUCUGUAUCUCAGUGGCUGCUCAUGUUUAAAAUUACUGUUAUAAAUAUUAUAAUCACCCUUAAACAAAAGCUUUUCAGAAGAAUAUCCAUCAGUUUCAAUCGAUCUUCAAUCUCCAAUCACAAUCCUUAUUAAUGUAAACAAGGAGCAAAUUUAAAGCAAAUGAUUUAUCCAGAUUCCACACAAUUUACUGCUGUACUUUUUUUUACCCAACGUCAGAUAAGGUUCAAUCAUGUCCUUUCUUAUCUUAAUCGUCUGUAAGUAAAGCACUUUGCAGCAAUUAGGAAGUAACAGUAAUGAGUAAAACUUCCUUAUAGCUGACCAGACCUCAAGCAGAACCACUUUACUACGUGUACUAAGUGUACUUUAUGCAGGAAGAGUAAGGAAGUGAUGUGUAUCUGAUGAUAUUGCUGCAAGGAAGGCUGUAAGUUUGACUUGUUUUCAGUCUGAUGUCAGAAAAAUGCAUCAUAUUUACAUUACAUUUGUUUUUUGUUUUUUGUUGUUGUUGUUGUUGUAACAGUUAAAUCUGUGUCGAUAGUUUUCACAGUCACUUUAAAUAAUAAAGAAUCAAACUGAAGACAGGAAUGAACAUUUGUUAAAAUCAGUGCAAAAAUCGUGUUUUGAACAUGCCACGCUGAAAAUGGCUUUUUCCUUUCUUUUUAGAAUCGGUGCAUUUUCAUAAUUGAGAUACUCAUGCAUAUCAACAUUGUCUUGCAGUCUGAUUCUUUAAGCUUACAAGGGUUCCUUUGAGACAAGACUAAAAUCUCAGUAUCAGUGCAGACUUUUUUUUUUUUGGCACUGGUAGCUCAGCUGGAAGAGGAUGUACCAUUACAGAGGCCAGGGUUCAAUUCCAUGUGGCCCUUCUAAUGGAUAUCAUCUCUCUCUCUCUCUCCUUUCUCCUCCUCUCCUUUCCACCUCUGACUGUUCUUAUCCCAAAUAGGCAUAAAAAAAUCCAUCAAGAGGUUAUUUCAAUUAAUUUCAUAGCUGUAAAAUCUGUAGCAUAAACAUAUGAGUGUAAAUUGAUAAAAGUUAAUAACAUCACGUUGGGUAAAAGUGUUAAUGUUUGCUGAUGAGUAUAGAAAGUUUAAAGAUGAUCAGUCAGGUCAACACAAGGAUGCAUUCAUGCUCGCUUUCCUUAAUUUUUAGCAGUUUGUCACUUUAUUUCCAAUGUGUCAAAAAACAACAAGACGGUGGCUUUUUUGUUUGCCUACAUUUCCUUGUGUAAGCAGAAAUAUUCAGUGUGUGAGGUAGUGUAGUUACAGCACCUCCUAUUUAACCGACUGAAUAAAAGGGUUUGUGUUCACUCUCAUUUCGAUCGCUCGUACAGUCUCAGCUGUUACAUCAGAGGGCGUAAUUCAUCAGACCCAUGUAUAAUUCAUGGUAUUAAUCAAGCCCAUAAGCACUGAUAUUGAUGAGCACUACAUUUAUAAAUAGGUGACUCUAAAUUACAUUGUUUGAUUUGGUAAUAAUUCAAAUGGAGUGUUUACUCUGUGUGUUUAUUUUGAUGUGUUAAUUCACUUGCCUACAGAAGUAUAAUGUUAUUACUGUACCUGCGUGCAUUGAUGGAGGACCUAGCCUCACCCGGCUCACAUUAUUAUGGAUCUGUUUGUCCGCUGGGAUUAUGGCUUUGUACUAUGACACGGUUCCUUAUGUGAUCAAUUGAAGUUUAAGCUUGUGCAGCACGUCAUGUCUUCUUACUUCAAACAAGACGUGAAAACAUUUCUUGAGAGAUUUUGUAUCUCCUUUAAAAUGUAAAGAAAAUUGUUCAUAACUAUGUGAGGCACUUUAUUUCUUUUAUUAUACUUAUUUUCAGUCAAGUUUUGAUACGGAGAACAUUAUUAUUGUAAAAAGUGCACAUUUCCUCCAGUGACAGUUUUAAUCCCUAAAUUGUCUUUCUUUUUCUCUUUUAGAGCCACAAUGGCCACUGCACCGUACAACUACUCCUACAUUUUCAAAUAUAUCAUUAUCGGUAAGUAUGCAAUGAGUCAUGUUGAGUGUUUAGGCACCACUAAGUGCAGUGUCAAUGAGUUAUAUUAGGUAUAGCUAUACACUAGUACAGAUCCUGACUGCCUUGUUAUGUCUUCUAUCGUCUUUUUCCUUUAAUUUGCUAAAUUUUAAGACACCUGUUUCUGCGUGUUCUACCGAGAGGUGCUAUUAUUAAAGCUCCUAUAAGGAACUUUCAGUUUGUUUUGAUUUUGCCACCCUUUUGUCUCCCUCCCUUAACAGCAUUAAUUGUUACUCAUUAUGAACAAAUACACCAGAAAAAGACAAAACAAAGCCUUUUCUCUAGCAUGCUGCAGCUGUUUCGUCUGACACCUCCCCUCUUGAAGCCUUAAAUAUUACAAAGCAGUAAUAAACAGUCUUGUUGCUGUGGCCUUGUUUGUCUUUGGAGGUCAAACAGAGACAUCACUGUUAAUUUCAGGCCGUUUCACAACCAGUUAAAAACUCCCCACAGGAGCUUUAAACAAACAAUUUCACAUGUAAACACAAACAUGCUCUUUAAGGAGAAUAACAGUAAUGUGCCCUUUUACUCUGCGCUACUUAUCAAUGCCUAACUAUGCAAAUGCUUGAUGAAUUUUUAAUCCCUUUCCCCUCAGUUGGUAUCAUGUCCCAAUGCUGCUGCUGCUGCUAACAUGUUUUUCUUUUAGCGUGAGACCCUCUCCGUUGACAUGUUACCGCGUUUGCUUACACAUACAAUUGCACACAGACUUCUGCAUAAACACACAGGCCGACAGCUCGGAGCUAUGUACUAUCCUCUCCAGUGAAAUCUGAAACACCCUGCCUCAAAGCCAACAAUCAGCCUGGAUAUGAGAGGGAUACGCGUCUGAGUUUCAAAGAGCACCCAGGAGAGACAGUAGCUCGCCUUUCUCCUCUUCUCUGUCUAGGAAAAAUCUCACUUUGUUUUUGCAAAGUUAAGUCUUAAGAAGUUGUAAUCCCGCUUGCUGGGAGUUGCGUGCAAGUUUCAAAGCUGCUUGUUUUUGUUUCAGCAGACUGCUUUCUUUUUUUUUUAAAUCACUAAUGAAUUUUUAGUACCUUCUCAUAAACCAGCAUUCACAAAAUAUAGUUUAUUUUUUCUCCCAAAUCAUGUAUUUAUACUAGAUUUUAGUUGGAUUUUCUCUUGUUUCAAAAAAAGGGAAAUAAGGGCUCUGAAGUUACACAUGGUUACACAAACAAGCUCAACCUACAAAACAAUUGUACCAUUAGUGUCAAAGUGGAUAAGAAACAGGAACCAUCAAAGUCUGUUGGACGUUACACAUUAUAUCUAAGUCGUUCUCUGUGUCCGUCUCACCAAUCCACAUGAAAAAGGGAGUAUCGUCUCCGACAGUCCCUGAGGGGCUGCUACAUCAUGCAUGGGGGUAACUCUGCAAGCUUGAAUGGAGAUUUGUUGUUAGUUUCUCCCUUGAUCGACCUGAGUCUCUCUCUCUCUCUCUCUCUCUCUCUCUCUCUCUUCUUUUUCUCACUCCACAGGGGACAUGGGGGUAGGGAAGUCAUGUUUGCUUCACCAGUUCACAGAAAAGAAAUGUAAGUGCCCGCCCUGAUCUUUACUCCUUUUUCACCGACACAUGUGUUACAGUGUAUGUAAGGUUGCCGGGUUAGACUGGAGAGCCCGAACCGCUCGAGAUUUCUUUAUGAACCGGCGGAAGUGGAAGGCGGAGAAGCGGAGUGUGAGAGACUCUUCUUCUGUGUGCGAGUCAGCUGCAGCCUCCCAUCACCAUUCAGCCCCGUCUUGUUUGGCGCUACUAUUAACGAGCCAGAUGCUGUGUUCGCAAUUCACACGCCAGCGUCACAUCCUGCAUCCACACAUGCACACAAACACACACGCAGACACACAAGGGCGAUUUUGAAAAGGCUUUCAGUGUCAGUUUCAGACAGAUUUGCCCCUCACAGUGUUGAUACUUCAGAUUUCGACGACCGCUUGUUGAUGCACCUGCCGCAGAUCCCGUAUGAAGAUUGGCGGUGCGUGUGUUUGUGAAAUCACGUGUUCUCUGUAUAAAUUCAUCUCACAUGACUGUGUUUUACAAGCUUAAAUUAGAAUUUGGUUAAUUUACUGGAAGAAGAACGACUUUAAUGAUUUAAUCUAAGAAAAUCAGUCAUGGCUCUGACUCGGCUGACAAGAAGGAGUGCUGCUGUGCUCAAUAUCACUGCUGCAGGGAAGAAAAUAACAGCUGUGUUUGCUUCUUUAUGAGCAACAUGUUGUAUAAAACUAGAAUUAGCAACAGGUUAGUGUAAUAGUUUUAAUUAAUCGCUCAAAAAAAGGUGGCUUCUGCAAAUUAUAACUGGAACUCCUCAGCAACACAUGAGCGUUUUCUCUGACAUUUUUGCUACAUGUAAGGGCUGAAACAUACAGGAUCCAUAUUGAGCGUAUCGGCAGCAUCGCACAGCAAAUAGGCUGUCUUUCUUAUCAAUGCAGCAUCGCAUAUGGGACGCAUAUCAGCUAUGUCGCAGCAGCACUGCUAAAGAUACACAGCAAGUCUAUUUUUGCUGCUCUAUGUUUCCAAUGUGCGUCAAUCCACACAGAGGAGAUAUAUCUAGACAGGGAGUUAAGCAGGAAAACCGCUCAUGUCAUCCGGUAUUUCAAAAUAAAACACCAUAUAGGGACUCCCGACUGUGGCUGUGUCUCAUUUCAGAGACCGCAUCAGGCUGAGCGCGCUGAAGCGUUUUUGAAUGGAGAUUUGUUGUUAGGACACACUACCCUUUGGAGGACUUCCUGGUUGAGUCGCCAAAUGGCCCCGCCCUCAGGCUCUCGUCACGACUGACUUAAAGAAAAGCUGUGGAGCGCAGCAUUUUUUUUAAAUUGUGCAACCUUGCACAGACACAAAACAACAGAUCCAUACAAGCACAGAUCAUUCCCACAAAAUUCAUCCAAUAAUUGUUUUGUAUGAAGGAGUAUGAGGGCCAUAUUGAGAUUUUUUUUUAAAGACUUUGAGAUGUAAGUCGUGAAUUUACGAGAAUAAAGUCAUUAAUUCAUGAGAAUAAAGUCGUAACCUGUUAUUUCAGAGGAGAGUUGUUAAAAUUAGCCUUCUUAUUUCUUAUGGUUUUGAUUGUGGUAGCAGAGCGGAUCAGUUUAUCAUGCUUGGUUUGCAGAUUUUAGUGAGUUCAGAGAUCAUGCGCUCAUGCAGCCUGAGCUGACUGUGUUUUUGGAUUUCUUGUAUUUUCACAGAAAAAAACAGUCACUGAAUUAUAUCCAAAUUAGCAGGAAAUCGACCGCAGAAAGGAAAGACAACUGUUGUGAGCAUGUUGUUUCCAAUAAACUGAGACCAACUGAUUGGGGCGUCGCUACGCUCCAAAUACACAUCCUGUAAGCGGUACGCAAUGCUGCUCUACGUGGAUCGUACCAACAUAGAUCGUGUAUUUUUUCAGCUUAAGUGUCACCAGUGCAUGAUUGUUGCGGACAUGAUCCUGACGUCACUUCCUCUCCCCCCAGUCAUGGCUGACUGCCCCCACACGAUCGGCGUAGAGUUCGGCACACGGAUAAUCGAGGUGAGCGGCCAGAAGAUCAAGCUGCAGAUCUGGGACACAGCAGGACAGGAGCGCUUCAGGGCCGUCACCCGCUCCUACUACCGCGGCGCUGCAGGGGCGCUCAUGGUCUAUGACAUCACCAGGUACAGAAUACUCAACUGUGUAUGUGUGGGAGAUCGGUUACUACACAGUCCCAGCUAUACACUGUAUGUUCUCAUGUGAUAACCAUUGAGUUCAUGUUGUAAAAACAUUUAUGUUAAAAAAAGUAAACGGAAGUUAAAGCAUCUGAUAAGUGCGCAGGCUCCCCCCCCCGAACAAACAGGAGAAGUUUGACUAAGGGGCUCGGUCAGACCCUUUUACCCAAACUCUUAGACAGUAUCAGCUGUAGCAGAGUAAACACAGUCCAGCAUGAGGAAUUUAUGUCCACACCACACCCAGCACCCACACUGAGGACAUGAGUGGAGAAACUCAUGUGAACAGUCCACUUAAAUAAUGCUGUGGUCGAGAAUCUUCAAGCCUCCAGAUUCCCCCUGAAGUUAAGCAUCCUGUCAUUUUACACCAUCCGCAUGAAAAGACAGCUGCAGACUCCUUUCUCACCGAGCUGGCAUCUUGUUAGGUCUUUGCCCGUCGUCAUAGUAACCUCUGUCCCUCUAUUGAUGUCACGCAGGAGAAGCACGUACAACCACCUCAGCAGCUGGUUGACUGACGCCAGAAACCUCACCAAUCCCAACACUGUGAGUACAGACAUUACCAUCUUCUGAUUCUGCGUCUUUAGUGCACGGACACAAAGUGUUUGUUUCACCAUGCGGUUUUCCUCCGCCUUUUUCAUAAGCCCUCUCCCCAGAGUCUGUUUAAUACCACACGGCCAUUUCCAUCUCUGAAAUUGGAUUUCCUGGUAAAUAUGAUUAGCUCUAAAUCAUACCACUCUCAUUUACCAUGCCGUGUUUCUUCAGGGAAGUGUGCCUCUGCUGUGCACUGCUUUCACUCACUCUGUCAUCCUGUGAAGAAAGCUCUCCCUGAUGUACAAACAUUGUUUUUUAAAUAGAGAGAUGAUGUUUGGCCUUCUUUUAGCUCUGUUUGUCCUUCUGUAUUGUUAAAUUAACAGUUUUUUUUAAUGAAUGUGAUUUUAAUAGUUUUUAUAGUGUUAUCUCCUUCACUUUGGUACAAUUUACAAAGUAGUACUCAGCUGUUUUCUUAGUUGAAGUGACUUGAUUCUACCACACAGUGGCAGUGUUGCGGUUUGGUCACGUCUCCUGCCCUGACUUGUGUUGUUUAUUUUGAAGCUGCUAUUCUAGUUUCUGCCAAUCCAUUCAGCUUUAAAUGAUUACAGGAGACACGUGAGAGUUCUUAGAAAUCAGCCAAAAUGAAAAUCUUCUCACCUCAGGGCACGACACUAACUUAUUUCACAAGGAGCACGUGUGCUCCAAAGUUGAAAAAGUAAGGAGCACACAAAAAACUUUCGGGGCAGAAUGAAAAUUGACCAAAUAAUGUUUGUCUUAUUGGUUGACAUAAGCACUAGGGCCUGACCGAUAUGGAUUUUUUGAGGCCGAUGCCGAUACAGAUUAUAAGGGAGGAAAAAUAUCUGAUUAGCGAUUAAUUGGCCGAUUUUUAAAAUUUUUUAUGAAGUUUUAAAAUUUUGUUAAUUUAAGUAAUAUGUCAACAUAUUUACUUAUUUUUUUAACAAAUGGCUGCUUUUGAGCCUUUCAAACACUUCUCAGUGUUUAUUUAACAGUAUUAUUUUAACCUCAGUUAUAUUCCACGUAUUUAUCAUGAAUCAAACUCGGACCAGAAAAGUGUUUUCAACUGGUGGAUUAAGAUUUUCAUGAGGUCGCUGCGCCAUCUACAAGAUAAGUCGGGGGAUCUUUUUAAAUGGCAGAACAUUUUCUAAGUGAAACCGAAUCUUAAUCUCUGCAUUUUAUUUCUGUGAAUAUCGGGGACAAUCGUCGAGUUUUGGCUGAUUACCGAUUAGUCUUAAACGGGCUAAAAUUGGCUGAUUUAAUCGGCUCGCCAAUAAAUCGGUCGGGCCCUAAUAAUUACUAUUAUUUGAAAUCAAUUUUAUGUCUUUUGGUCACAUGACAUGGAAGCUAUUGAAGAAAAUGUUCAAAAUUUGCCUUUAAAUUUAACAUUUUUAGAGGACAAAUUAGGGAAAUAAAGAGGUUUGUCUUAUUGGUUGACAAGUAUUUCUUAUUUCAAAUCAAUUUUAGGUCAAUUGGUUACAUAAUAUGGAAGCUAUUGAAGGAAAACAGCCUUUUCUGAGAAGAUCAACUGGUAAUUUAUUGAUGGUCCCUUAUUCAACACGCGAUGUUGACAACGAGGGUGCCGGGUAGAUUUAACGGUGUUGUAGCUGUUGCUAUUUCCAGUAAUAGAGAGUGAGAAGACACCGGUAGAUCCGCAGUGAAUGACCGUCAAAUAUCCAACCGAAAACUAACUUCACCGCGAUAUUUACAUGAAAAAACAUUUGUUGCCUCGGCUAACUUUUUAUGCGCACAUGUGCCCCCAAAUACAUUUUACAAUUCGCACACAUCUAUUUUUAGUCGCAAAUGCGAGUGAAAUGGUCGCACUGUCGAGCCCUGUAGUUUCUUUUUUGAUUUUCAUCAUAACUGCAGGGAUAGACAGAACUUGCUCUUCACCAGUAAGUUUGAAGCUCUCUUCUAUCACACACUGAUUCUUUUACAAGUUGCGAAAGAUCCUGGAGAACUUCUGAAAUUACAACAGGAAAAUCAAAGUGUGACAGAAAGACAGGUUUAUGCAGGACAUGCUGCAGUUUCAAAAGAGUCUCAGUCGAGUCCAAGGAAGCUCAGUCCAUUACAUCAGUGUAUUGCAGCACUAAUUACAUCACAGUUGCUAGGGGCGUGUGGGGGUGUCAGUUCCUCAGCGCUUCUCUAAAUCGAUCUGUUGGACGACUCCACUGUGCGUCAGCAGUGUUCCUAGCCCGCCCUUGGUUUUCUGAGCCCUCUGAGGUUCUGGCAGCAGAUGUCUCACAGAGAGAGGUAUUAUGUCUACGAGAUGGUCUUACUCUUUCUCUGCCUUUCUGUUUGUUCGUAGGUGAUCAUUCUCAUAGGAAACAAAGCUGACUUAGAGGCCCAGAGAGAUGUCACGUAUGAGGAAGCAAAGCAGUUUGCCGAGGAGAAUGGUGAGCAAGACACGCUGGAAGGACAAAAAACGAGAGUUCACACAUUUCACUCAGUUCCUUAGUUGACCAUUUAAAGCCUCAGUGUGGAAUUUGAAAUUGUUAUAACACACAGUAUGUUUACAUGCACAAUUAAGUUAAAGGGAUAUUCUGGCAUAAAAUUAUACAGAGUUAGACACCCCCUUGAGAGAUGAAUGUUGCCGACCGCUUGCUUCUCUAGUUAUACCAACUUUAGUAAUGACCGCAGGAUAGCAAUACAGAGCGAUCUGAGGAGCCAUAAACAAACCUCAACCAAAACGCCACUCUAUAGCCACAAAUAAUGCACAAAACGGUACCUAACUUCAUCAACAGUACAUAUAGGGUCCCAGCCAUAGUACUAGCCACCAAACAUCUUUUUAACUUUGCCUGAUUUCUUUAGCAAAGAGACUAAACACAACUCACCCACUCUCUUCCAGCAGGCGCUUGUUUGUAGCGAGACCUCAAGCUAGUCCAUUACGGACUGCUGUGGGGUGAUGCAGCUCAAGGAAGAACAUUUAUGAUCAUUUCUUUAUGGAAAUGCAAUCAGACCGAGACACUAAGGCAGAAGAACUACCGUGUCUGCAGGGCAAAAUGAUUAAUAUGGUGAUUUUUUCCUUAAAGGAAAUGAUAAAGAAAUGAUCAUAAAUGUUCUUCCUUGAGCUGCGUCACCCCGCAGCAGUCCGUAAUGGACUGGCCCGAGGUCUAGCUACAAACGAGCGGCUGCUGGAAGAGAGUAGGUGAGUUAAUGAAGCUAGGUGCUGUUCUGAGCAUUAUUUGUGGCUAUAGAGUGGCGUUUUGGUUAAGAUUUGUUUAUGGCUCCUCAGACUGCUGUGUAUUGCUAUCCUGCGGUCGUUACUAAAGUUGGUAUAACUAGAGAAGCAAGCGGUCGGGAACAUUCAUCUCUCAAGGGGGUGUCUAACUCUGUGUCACGCUGUGUUUGACCCUAAAUUAAUUCUAUGCCAGAAUGUCCCUUUAAGUCAGUAAGACAGAUAGAGUAAACAGAGAGAUUAUUUCCAAGUGGGAUUUAUGAGAGAUCUAUGUGAGUUUGACUGACUUUGUCCCUGAUCAAUGUCUUACAGGUCUGUUGUUUCUGGAAGCCAGUGCAAAAACGUGAGUCUGCACAGCUUUACAUGAACUCCUCGUACAUCCUCAAACUACAACCUGCUAAAUUUCUCCCCUUUUUUUUGUUUAUGCUCAAUCUUCAGAGGUGAAAACGUGGAGGACGCCUUCCUGGAAGCCGCCAAGAAGAUCUACCAGAACAUCCAAGAUGGCAGUCUGGACCUGAACGCCGCCGAGUCAGGGGUCCAGCACAAGCCGUCAGCCCCCCAGGGCGGCCGGCUAACCAGCGAACCACAGCCGCAGAGGGAAGGCUGCGGCUGCUAAUGACCAAGCAAAACCCCUUCCAUCUUCUCCUCGCCUCUCUCUCACUCUCUCUCUCGCUCGCUGUCUGUCAGCCAUCCCACCCUCCAUCCAUCCAUCCAUCCAUCCCUCCCUCCACUCUCACUGCAUCAAGAAGGAAGGGAAGGGAAGGGAGGGUGGACCUGGGCCAGAGUGAGCCGGUCUGUGUGGACUACAUCUCUUCCCUCCUGCUUCUCCUCCUCCGACCCCUCUGCCACUCUCACUCCUCCUCCUCCUCGUCUUUAAUCUGUGUGUUAUCCUCUCUCUAACGCUCCUCUCUCUCCCCCCUCCACCCUUUUGCACCGUUCAGUCUCCACCUCACCCUCAGUCGUAAUAUCAUAGACUUCACCACACGCAUCACACGGGUUACUGACACUUGACAUAGAUGUAAUGUUCAUACGAUAACGAUAAAACGAAGACUGUUUUUUUUAUGUUUGGUUUUAUAGCUCUACAUGACAUGUAAACACUGCAUCCAUUCAAGCGGCACUCAUCACUUCUGCCUGUUUCUUGGUCUGAAUUAUAAUCUCAAACCCCCGAUGCCUCUCCUGCAUGGUUUACCAAUCCAGCAUUUAUCGAGACACGCCGCUGCGAUGUCUCACAUGUAGUAAUCUUACUGAGACCGGGGCAGCGAAAAAGCAAUGAAGUAGUGUAUCAUGCUGCUGCACAGCUAGAGGCUCUGAAGUGAAAGAAUGUGUCGCUGACAGAGCAUUUUCAGCGGGGGUUCGAACCUGCUCGCGGUUUUUAAUUCAGUUAAAGGAGAGAGAGGGGAAAGCAGAAAGAAAACCAUGAGUUCUCUGUCUCUCCCUCUGCGUUAAGAUAUCAACAGAAGGAAUAUUGGGUGUUUUCCAGCUUGUCUGUGUGUGUGUCUGUGUGUUAGGAAGUUGAAUGGGAACUUCUUUUGCUUACAAACACUUUUUUUCUUUUCUCUGUUUUGAUAGAAAGAUCAUUCACAUUUGUUUCUUUGCACCAGCUCUCCUUCUCUUCACUCAUUUGAAAACCCCCCCCCAAACUCUCCAUCAGGUCAUAUCAACAGAUUCUGUCUUUUACCAGCAUUUUCUUUGUCAUUGUUUGUUGCCUUAUUCUAAUUAAUGUUCUUACUCGAUCUCUUUUCGCUGCACUUGCUCUUCACUUUGCCGCCAGACUCACCCUGAUUCAAUAAAUUCUUUUAGGGUAAUUAUCGCAAAUACAAGCAGUGGCUGUAAAAGUACUUCAGCAGCAUGGUCUAAAGCCCACUAACGACUUUUCAAACGUGGAAAAAAAAAUAAAAAACUUGUCAACACUCCUUUAUCUCAAGUGCUGCACUGAAGAGCUCAACUGUCGUUCAUUUGGGCAGUCCUUCCUCUGCCUUGUAUAUUUCAACACCAAGCAGCAUGCCCCCAACCCCUGAAACAGUGAAAUUGUCAAAAUCCAAAUCUGCUUCUUUUGUUUCCAAGUACAAUUUUUCUGUACCAUAGAGUGAUUCCCUGAUCGGACAGCUGUAAAUAUCGCUUCUUAACUAUUGGUGAUGACCUCGCUACUUGGGAUUUAGAAAUUUAUUUGCUGGCUCUGCCGAGAUCUGUACAGUUGAUGUGCUAGUGGGUUGCCUGUAAUUCAUGCUUGGGAAUUCUGUAACAUAGUUUCUAUUAAUAAAUGUAUGUAAAGGACAGACACCUAGACUCCCCCCACCCCACACCACCCUGUCUGCACACUACUGAACCUGUUGAUUGGUUGAGGGGAGAGGAAGCGGAUUGAUGACGUGCUAACAAGUAUUUAUGUCUGCAAACUUUCUUUCCUCUCAUCUGUGUGGAGUGGAGAAUGGGGCACUUUUAUGUUUAUAUUAUGUUUUUCUUUUUCCACCCCAUUGUCGCUCCUCCGUGUGGGAGGGGCCUGCAUCGCUGUCUUAACUUUUUGGGGAGUGGGGAUUGGUUUGUUAUUGUGGGAAGUCGGUGGGCUGGGUCUUUUCUUUUGUCUCCUGUGUCCCACCUCUUUGCAGUCUGAGUGACCACUUCCUGCUUUUGUCUGUCCACAAGUACAAAAAAAAAGUACAUAUGUAUAAAUUUUUAAGGAGCUGUGCUAACAUUUAAAUGCGUUCUUGAGUGUAUAUGAUUUUAAAAUGUUGACAUUUUGAUUUUAAUGACAAAAUACUCUAGACAGAAAAAAUAAAUUAUACAUAACCUGUU